AAGUGCGGCUACCUGCUGGGACCUGCAGGUGUGACUCUAGUUUGAUCAGGGAUCGCCUCUGGCAGGGAAAGGAUUUCCAAAAGGGAUCCAGAAGGGAUCAUGGAGCCUAUUUCGAACUGGAAUCCUCAAAAGGUGGUGACUUGGAUGAGAGGAUUGGAUCCAGUCUUACAAGACUACCCUUUUGAGACGUGGGGCCUGAAUGGGAAGAGGCUGCUCCGUUUGUCUUAUCGGGACCUGGAGGUUUUGGGUGUGAGACGCGUUGGCCAUCAGGAAUUGCUUCUGGAAGCAGUGGAACAACUCUGUAUAUUGAACUAUGAGCUGUCGUCGCUGAGCCUGCGGACGCUCACAGAGAAGCUCCAAGGGAUCAUUCGGACCAUCCAGGUGUUCAUAUUGAGCCGCCGGAAAGUCAGCACAUACAACGGUGACGCUGUUGACAAGCCGAAUUCAGACCUCCUGGCCUGCAUCGUAGAGCUGAUCGGGGCAGCUAAAGGUCUCUUCUUAUGGCUCAACAGGUAUCUGUUCUUCCACUUGCAUGAUUAUUCGGCCAGCCGAGACAUCAUCUGGCUCUGUGGAGACUUGGCGGAGAUUGUGCAAAAGGACUGCACAGUCUCUGAGAGGGAAGAGCGGAUCUUACUGAUUGGCAGACACAUCUUUGGGAUAUGCGAGCAAAUCUUGAACCAUAGUCCUGCCAACCUCCUGAAUCAAACUGCCGUCUUGGAGACAGUUGAGCUCGUGCCAACUGGGCCAGAAGACAGCCUGGGCAUUGAGAUUAAGUCCUCACCUUCUUGUCUCCAUUUCAUAUCAGGAACUGCCCCCGAGUCCUCGGCCGAAUACGGCAACAGAGUCUUCCCGGGAGACGAGGUGCUUCAAGUCAAUGGUCAGGUGGUGGUAGGCUGGACCCGGAUGAAUCUGGUGAAGAAGCUUCUUGAGACGUCUGAUCAGGUGACUUUGGUGCUGAAGAAAAUCCCACUCGUCUUUGCAGAAUCACCAAGUCCUCCCGAGUCUCCUCCUCAACGGCAGGCACCGGACAGUUUUUUGGAUGCAUUGGAAACGUCAAGCCUGAGAAGCGAUGAAUCCCCGACAAGUUCUGCUUCCCCGACUUCAAGUGUGAUGGCUGAGCUAGAACAGAGCACAGAUUCUGUAUUGGAUCUUCCUCCGGACCAAGAAGAGGAACAACCAGGCAUUGGCUCAAGGCAGACAUAUGACGUUAUGGGGCAUAUUUCUGGAGAAGAUUCACCCCCAGGAGCAUCAGCUGACCUUGCGCAAAGCUUUCAGACAGUUUCAGAGGGGCAUCCAUCCCCAGAAACGUCCACUCCUACCAAACCCAGGAGAUUGGAACUUGGGUUGCAAAGCCCAGAAAGUCCAGAGAAUGGAUUUGUCCGGGGAAGCAGAGGCUCGGGAUCGACAAAUUCAUCCAAAGAUGCUUCUCAAGGGAGCAUUGAAUAUCGAAGAAAACAAAAAGGAAUGGCCACCCGGUUAAGCCGGAGACGCAUCUCCUGCCAGGAACUGGGGAAAGUGGACUGUGACGGCUGGCUCUUGAAGAAGAAGGACCACGUGGGCUUCAUGGCCCAGAAGUGGAAACGGUUCUGGUUUGUGCUGAAAGGGCAAACCCUCUACUGGUACAGCAAUCCCAAUGAUGAAAAAGCAGUGGGCCUCAUCAACGUCUCUGCCUACCGACUGGAAAGCACCAAGACGCAGAAAAAGAAAUAUGUCUUCCAGUUCACGCACGAGAAGUACAAGCCUUUCAUCUUUGCAGCAGAGACCCUGGCUGACCUGAGCAUGUGGGUCAGCCACUUGAUAACAACAAUGAUGAAAUAUACUUCAAGUCACAAAUCAGUCCCGCCCAGGCAAGAAGAUUGCUACAGUGAAACAGAAGCAGAAGAUCCAGAGGAUGAGUCUCCUAGGCACAGCCUUGAGCGGCCAAAGGGGAGGGCACUGGAGAAAGACCAGCUGCCAACUGGUGCCAUGGGGAGCAGUGAAUCCCCCAUCAAGAGUCCUCUGGGAAGCCCCGUCCUUUGGCAAAAAGAAGACACCAGCACAGCGUCUUCCUCUCCCACAGGCGAUCCCGCAGGAGAAGAACUGGAGUCACUGAUCAGGUGCCUGAAGCAAGGCGGAGUGUCUCUCAUUGGGAAGCAGCAGGUCUUCACCCGCGAGUAUUACCGGAAAUCCUUUGUCAAGCGCAACAAAAACCCAGAGAUCAAUGAGAAAGUGCAUCUCGUCCGGACCCUCCAAAGCACACUUAAGGCAAAAACCGCUGAGCUCCAACUUCUUGAUAUUCUCCUAGACGACUCGGAACUGACCUCUGAGAAAUUCAGGCACUGGAAAGAACAACAUCAGGAGUUGUACCAGGAAAUCCAGGCCUGGUGGGCCCAGAAAGUCAGCCUAGAGGAUGGCGCAAGGACAGGCUCUGCCUCCGACAUAUGUCCAGAGGAGGCUGCAGCCGCGACAGCUGAUCCAUGAACCGUCGUAGGCACAAGAUACAUGACUCCCAACAAUAGGGCAGUUGGAUAUCUAGGACUGGAUGUAUUGAUUCAACAGGACUGGAGGUCUCCCGAUGGCAGGUGUACUACUUUGUUUAUUUCAACCAUGUUGCAAAUCAGCCCUACUAUUUUUAGAGGACUUUCCUGCUCAUUCUUCUGAGGGGUUUGCUCCAAAAUCCUGCCGCUCAGGUGCCAUUGUCUCCAGACCAUUCUCUCAUUCAAGAGAGUUAGUUGACUGGCAAAAAAAGCCUACUGCAGAACUGAGAAAAGAGAGGGCUUGUUCAUUGCCUAGUGGGCAUUUGAGUGUUAAAGACAUUUCAACGGUUCACAAGAAACAGAAGCAGAACGUGGCAUUGACUCCUGGUGGAUCAACCAGUAGACAAGACAAAACAGGUCAAGAUUCAAAACUGUUUGCAGCAGCUUUGUUUUCCUUCAAAAGGAAACAAGAAUUCCUGCAGCAUGUUUCAGGUUGACACUCCUUCCUCGGGCACAUUUAAUAACAACAGCAACAAAAAAGGACGUUGUCGUUCAUCACAGCUGAAAUUCUUAAAUGACAGCAGCCCACCGCCAGGAAUGUUUUAUUUGUGAAAUGGGCUAAUCCUGUAAUGACAUUUUGUACUUGGACAAAUUGUUAAAUUGAGUUGUUUUGGUUUUUUAAAAAAACAUUUGAUCUGUCAA